UAAUCCAAAACGCUCUUGUACGAAACAAACACUAACCAAAAACCAAAACCCAUUUUUGAAAAAAAAAAACCUUUUUUCUUUUUUCAACCACCGCCGGAGAAAUGAACAUUCCGGCGAGUUUAACUUCAUCGUCGAUGAACAAUGCUCGUCUCUCCGAUCACCGUCGUCACGUCUUCCACGAAACUUCACAGCUUCAAAUCAUUACUUCCUUAGCUUAGAAGAAUCUAACACACGUAUAUAUACAUAAAUAGAUAUAAUUUAUUUUCUUCUUUUUUUUUCUCCUUUUUUUCUCUUUACCUUUGUGAAGAACAUGCGAAACCUGUGAGUGAGUCAUUGACUGGUUUUAGAGGAAGAUGAAUGUGUGUUGACUAUAGCUUGUAAUUUUGACUCGUUGAACAAAAGGUGAAAUUGCUCCUAAAAAAGUAGCAUAGAGAGAGAGAGAGAGAGAGAGAUUGCAUUUUUUUUGUUGUUGAAAUUUUGUUAUGGCUCCAUUGAAGAUCCAACCUAUUGACAUAGAUUCAGAGAAAGUGAAGGAAGUUCUUCGAAACGAACCAGUAUCGAAGUGGAGGUUGAGAAGGUUCUUCGCUUUUGAGAAACAGUUUCCGAAGAACAACAAAGAUGGAGGUGGUGGUGGUGGAGGAAUUGCUGAGUUGGAACCUAGCUCUGUUUGUUUAGCGAAAAUGGUUCAGAGUUUCAUGGAGGAGCAACCGCAACCUCAACCCCCGCCGUCUCGUAACCGCUGUAAUUGCUUCAACGUUAAUAGCUCCGACGAGGACGAUUUCGAUUUCUUCGGUACUACUGAAUCAGUAAUCGAUUCCACUGACUCGCUCAAGAGUUUGAUUCCUUGUGUAAGUGUUGAAGAGAAGAAUCUGUUAGCCGAUGCGGCGAGGAUUGUUGAAAAGAACGGUAAAAUUUACAAAAGAAAAGACGAUUUGAUAAAGAUCGUUGCUGAAGGUCUUUCAUCUUUAGGUUACGAUUCUUCAAUUUGCAAAUCUAAAUGGGAGAAAACUUGUUCUUCACCAGCUGGUGAAUAUCAAUUUAUUGAUGCGAUUGUGGAAGGUGAAACGUUGAUUAUAGAUAUUGAUUUUCGAUCGGAGUUUGAGAUCGCGCGAUCUACGGGAAACUAUAAAGCGAUUCUUCAAUCGCUACCGUACAUCUUUGUCGGAAAACAGGACCGGCUGAAACAGAUCGUAUCCGUCGUAUCGGAAGCGGCGAAGCAGAGUUUGAAGAAGAAAGGGAUGCACGUUCCGCCGUGGAGGAAACGCGAUUACAUGCUUGCUAAGUGGAUCUCUCCUUCCGCCGUUAGGUCAAAGCAGGUUACCGAUGUGGCGAAGGAAACACCGUCGUCGGAGGCGGAGAGUGAUUCCGGUGAAUUGGAGUUGAUUUUUGGUGAGGAGAAAGCGUCGGAGACAGUGAGUCCAGCGUGGCAGUUACCGGCGGUGAAACCGAAGAGUGUUGAAAGAGGGACGAAGGUUGUGACCGGAUUAGCCUCUCUCCUCAAGGAUAAACCAUAGAACAAAAAUUUUGUUCAGUGUUUUUUUAUUAUUAUUUUCUUUUUUUGGAUCAUGGAUUAAAAAAUUAAAAAUAUAAAGAGAAAAUUUCGGAUAAGGCUUAAGGCUUUUUUCUUUAAUUUUAAUUUUUUUUGGAAUAUUUUUGUUUUUGCUUUCCUUGUUUUUUUGUUUACAAGGAAAAAUCUCUGUAAGAAGCAACUUUUUCUUUUUUUUCCUUUUCUUUUGGCUUUUUGGACACGAUUUGUAAGAAGGUACUACUAUAUUCGGUGUAAUAAAAAUAAAAUAGCUCAAAAUAAAAAUAGUGCUAUCAUAAUGAUUAUAUCUAAA